GGGGCUGUGGGUAGGGAGCUGCUAUUCCCGCCACAGCCAGCCGUGAGCCAGGAGUGGGGUGGCUGCCCCUGGACACCACUCUCCCCAAGUACUGGAAGAGGCUAAUACCAGUUUUGGCUUUUCCUUUAAAGGUCCAGAAAUGCCCUUGGUGUGUUUGACAGACUUUGAGGCCCAUGCACGGGAGCAGCUGUCUAAGGCAACUUGGGAUUUUAUUGAAGGUGGAGCUGAUGACUGCCUCACGCGGGAUGACAACAUCGCAGCAUUUAAAAAAAUCCGCCUCCGUCCCCGGUACCUGAAAGAUGUGUCAAAGGUGGACAUGCGGACCACAAUCCAAGGGGAGGAGAUCAGCACCCCCAUUUGCAUCGCACCCACGGGUUUCCACUGCCUUGCCUGGCCUGAUGGAGAAAUGAGCACAGCCAGAGCUGCGCAAGCAGCCGGUAUCUGCUACAUCACCAGCACGUAUGCCAGCUGUAGCCUUGAAGACAUUGUUGCCACUGCCCCUGGGGGCCUGCGAUGGUUCCAACUGUAUGUGCACCCAAACAGGCAGCUAAACAAACAGCUGAUCCAAAAGGUAGAAUCCCUGGGUUUCAAAGCUCUGGUAAUCACUGUGGAUGUACCCAAAAUUGGCAACAGACGACACAACAUUACAAACCAAGUGAACCUGAUGAAGAACUUACUGCUAAAAGAUCUCGGAUCACCUGAGAAGGGAAAUUUAAUGCCUUAUCUCCAGAUGUCCCCCAUUGACUCAUCCAUCUGCUGGGAUGAUCUCUCCUGGUUUCAGAGCAUGACUCGAUUGCCCAUCAUCCUUAAGGGGAUCUUGACAAAAGAGGAUGCAGAGUUAGCUGUGAAGCACAAUGUCCAUGGCAUCAUUGUUUCCAACCAUGGUGGGAGGCAGCUUGACGAGGUUCCUGCUUCUAUCGAUGCCUUGACAGAAGUGGUGGCUGCUGUGAAAGGGAAAAUUGAAGUGUACCUGGAUGGUGGCAUCCGAACCGGCAAUGAUGUGCUGAAAGCUCUGGCCCUCGGGGCUAAAUGCGUUUUUCUGGGGAGACCCAUCCUAUGGGGUCUUGCCUACAAGGGUGAACAUGGUGUUGAGGAAGUUUUGAACAUUUUAAAAAAUGAAUUCCACACUUCCAUGACCCUGACAGGCUGCCGGUCGGUUGCCGAGAUCAGUCGGGACCUGAUCCAGUUCUCCAGGUUGUAGAGAAAGAGUGAAGGGACUGACUGCUGAGUUCGCCCACAGGAAGAAGACAAAAUCGUAAUAGGGUGUGUGAUGCCAUCCUGCCUCGGUCCCCUCCUGUCCGCAGGCUCACCCCCUGCACCCUCAGCCACUCCACCCCAAAUCCCUCAUAUUCCUCAAAUGUGCCGAUGCUCUUCUUUGCCUCACUGCCUUGUAUAUGCGGUUCUCUUGCCUAAAAUCCUCCUCUGAAAGAAGACAUCUUAAAAGGGCAGAUCAAUAAUGACUGAAGUAGCUAGUGGAUUAAAAUUUUUGAAUAUGCUACGUUUCUAUGAAACAGCUAUGGAAAUCUGCACUCUAGACAGAAGAGCUAUCCAUAUAAAAUAUUCCCCAACAAAAAUUAUACUCUUAUCUGUAGAUAAUAGGGAAAUAAUAUAGUUAAAAACAUAGGCUUUGGAGUCAUACAGACAUAGGAUUGACAGGACUGUGACUUGGGAAAGUUUUUUGAUCUCUCUGUUCUUACAUGUCCUUGUCUAUAAAAUGGGGAUUAUCCUACCUAGAUCGCUAGGAUGGGAGAAAGAUUGAGAUAAUGUAUGUAAAGUUCAGAGUUCUAGUGUGUUUAAGAAAUAGUAGCUUUGGGACUUCCCUGGUGGCACAGUCAGUGGUUAAGAAUCCGCCUGCCAACGCAGGGGACACAGGUUCGAUCCCUGGUCCUGAAAGAUCCCACAUGCCACAGAGCAACUAAGCCCGUGUGCCACAACUACUGAGCCUGCGCUCUAGAGCCCGCAAGCCACAACUACUGAGCCUGCAUGCCACAACUACUGAAGCCUGCAAGCCUAGAGCCCAUGCUUCGCAGCAAGGGAAGCCACCACAAUGAGAAGCCUGCGCACGGCAAUGAAGAGUAGCCCCCACUCGCCGCAACUAGAGAAAGCCUGCAUGCAGCAACGAAGACACAGCGCAGCCAAUAAAUAAAUAAAUAAAUAAAUGUUCCUUUAAAAACAAAAAAAAAGAAAUAGUAGCUUUUAUUAUUAUUAUUUGGCAAAUUCCUGUUCAUCUUUCAAGACCUUGUUCAAAUGUCACCUAUUCUUACCUGGCUACUUGUUAAGUGUUUCCUAUUGUGUUUUGCACAUUAUACUAUUACAAUCCUUA